AUGCCUUCCACGGUAGUCGAGUCAUCCGACUCUUCCAUCAAACAGGAGUCAGUUGGUCAAGGACUAUCUAAAGAGCUUGCGUUGGACUCGGCUUCAUCAGGCGGCGCGCCAAGUAAGAACUCGGAAGUGCUAGGAGAGUCCAUCAAGGCUCGGGAGCGAGAGUAUAUCACUGGUUUUAAGCUAGUGAUGGUUCUUGUGGGUGUGACUUCAGUCAUGUUCUUAGUACUACUCGAUACUUCUAUCAUUGUCACUGCCAUCCCAGUGAUUACAACCCAGUUCCAUUCUCUGGAAGACUUGGGAUGGUACGGUAGCUCAUACCAGAUUGCCAGCGCUUGCUUACAACCCCUUGCGGGAACGGUCUAUACUAAUUUCCGCACAAAAUGGACCUUUUUGUCUUUCUUUUUUGUUUUCGAAUUAGGCUCACUUUUCUGCGGCCUUGCGACGUCUUCGAAAAUGUUAAUUGUCGCUCGCGCAGUGGCUGGCCUUGGAUCGGCCGGAUUGAUGAAUGGUGGCUUGACUAUUGUCUCUUCAUCAGUCCCUUUUCACAAGUCUCCGCCUCUCAUCGGAAUGAUGAUGGGAUUUUGCCAACUCGGCGUCGUCCUUGGCCCUCUUCUAGGAGGAGCAUUCACUGAAUACACAACUUGGAGAUGGUGCUUCUAUAUCAAUCUUCCUAUCGGUGCAUUGGUUGCGUUUCUCCUCGCCUUUACUGAUAUCCCAGAACAGGCUGCUAAGCCGCCAAUUAAAGCGGCAUUCGACACUAUAACGCGCAAGCUAGAUCUCAUUGGCUUUGCUCUUCUCGCGCCCGCGGCUAUUCAGCUUCUCCUUGCACUUGAAUAUGGUCAAAAUGAGUACCCAUGGAACAGUGCAACUGUCAUUGGACUUUUCUGCGGGGCCGGUGCUACUUUCAUACUCUUUUUAUUCUGGGAAAACUACCAAGGUGAAAAAGCCAUGAUUCCUCUUUCUAUGGUUGCAAAGAGGAAUGUCUGGUCAAGCUGCCUAGUGAUCCUGUCAAUCUCCGCCAUUGCUCUUAUUUCCUCUUACUACCUCCCUCUGUACUUCCAGGCCAUCAAGAAUGACUCUCCAAUGAUGAGCGGUGUCUACCUACUCCCGAGCAUUUUGUCACAAGUAGCGAUGGCCGUCAUUUCAGGGGCUCUUAUUGGCAAGAUGGGGUACUACCUUCCAUGGGCUGUUGCUUGCGGGGUCUUAUCAUCAAUUGGCAAUGGUCUUUUAUCGACACUGGCACAAAACACUUCCACGGGAAAAUGGGUUGGAUAUCAGAUCAUUGCAGGAGCUGGACGCGGGGCUGGAUUCCAAACGCCUCUCAUCGCAGUUCAGAACACUUUACCACCCAGUCAAAUAUCAGUCGGGAUGUCAAUCCUGAUGUUUGCGCAAACACUCUCUGGUGCGAUCUUUCUUACAUUUGCAGAUGUGAUCUUUUCAACUGGGCUCAAGUCCACAAUUCCAAAAGACGCUCCCAACGUCAACCCACAAGUCGUUAUCGCUGCAGGUGCUACUGGCAUACGAGACGUGGUAUCUAAUCAAGACCUCCCGGGAGUCUUGAAGGCUUAUGCAAAGAGUGUGGAUCAUGGUUUCUACAUGUCCGCUGCUCUCGGAGUAUGUUGUCUGAUUUUUGCAUUCGGAAUGGGCUGGGAGGAUGUUCGAAAGAAGAAGCCUGCUGGAGAACAGGUCUGA